AUGGAUAACUUGGGAAGCCGGCACCAUACCUGCACCAAGCAAGUCCAGUCAGUCACUGGUCUCUUCACUAACUUGCACUUCCAUUCCUUCUGUGUUUCCACUUUCCACCCAAUAAUAAUCAAUCGGGCUUACAACACCUACUACUACUAUUACUACUACAACUACGGCUACUACUACCACUACUACUACCACUACUACUACCACUACCACUACUACUACCACUACUACUACUACUACCACCACUACUACUACUACCACUACUACUACUAUUACUACAACUACAAUUACAAUUACACUUACAACGACAUCCACCUUCGCCUCUCCACCCACUAUUACCCUCAUCUACUUUCAAACUAG